AUGUAUACACGAUUGCAGAGACAAAACAGUUUCGGUCCUCGAGAAUCAAAGAGUACUUUGGUUAUUUCGAGGAUUAUGGAACUGAAAAUCCUUGAAGGCGAAUCAUCGAUUCCUAACGCAUCGCCGAUCGUUUUGGAUAGCAUAAACAACAGUUUGCAAUUGUUAAUUGAUUCUUGUGACUCUACGGGUCCAGUAAUAUGUGAAUUGCCUAAAUUUGUUAAAAAUGUCACCAUAUCGCAAUGUGAUUUAUCGGAGAAGGAGCUAAUAAACAAACGAUAUUUCGAGUAUUUUGAAGGAUAUUCACUCGCAAAUAAUGUACAGUAUAUCCCAGUGGAGAUAGAGUGCCUGUCGACCAUGAGCACGGAGCUGAGUAAGUCGAUUCUAGCGUUGUUCGUGUCAAUAGUGUUCGAGUACAUAUCGGAAGACAAAAACUUGAGAGAAACGGAGCUUAUUAAAUGGGGAAGUACGUUCCUGAAGAGAAUAGGGAACUUCCUGGGACUGAACGAGCUGGAUAUAACUUCGAUAAUAAAGCCGGUGUCAGAGAAUUUGGAGUUGAAACAGCUGGGAAUGAACUUUGACGAUUUGAGGCUGGAAAAGCAGAUACACAUUGACUACAUUAAGGAGCAGUUGGCGCCAAUGCAAGAGAAGAUAAAUGAAUUCUUUAAGCAAACGCUGGGAACGUUCAGUGACGGAGAGAAUGAAAAUGAAGCAGAUGACAUUGAAGGAAUAAAAGGGUCUGAUAAGACGAGCCCAUACUCGGAGAAGACGAAAGGAUCAUUCGAUAAGACAGCAGGGUACAGGGAAGGAUCAGAUCAGUACCACGGUCAUGAGGCUGGUGAGUACGACCGUCAGAACGAAACGAGUGAAUAUAAACAGUACGGUGAAAAGGACUUUGAUUUGCUGCUGGACGAUGAAGAUGACGAGGGGGAAGUGGACGACGACGAGGAGUACUUUAAGAGGAAUUUUAUAGAAACGUACAACAAGGAAGGAAAGUAUAAGUAUGAUAGCGGAAAGUACAAAGGCAGUGUGAGUAGUAUGAUUAAGCCCAAGGACCAGUUUCAAAAACUGGGAGAGCAGUUUGACGAGUUAACUGAACCUGGCACUAAAUAUGCCAACAGGUUCGACGAGUUCACAGAGCCGAGCUAUAAGGCUGAGUCGAGCACGAACCAACAAAGUGGGUCUCCGAAGUACGCAGAUACACUAGAAGAGUUGACAGAGCCUAGUUACAAAGGGAUUGAGCAUGUUACAGAUAAGAACUUUAGUGAGGGAGUUGAGGCAGAUCCAGGAGAAUUAUUCGAUGUGUUUGGUGGGUCGGCUAGUAAGAAAGAUGAGGAUGGUGCUAAGGUGACUGAAGACAAUGAAGAAAGUGGGCUUUAUAGGCCAUCAGAAUAUAACGAAGACUACGACUACCAGGAUUAUUCUAGAGAGUACAGUAAAGAAGAUUAUCAGCAAGAAUAUAAGCUAGAUGGGUCAUCAGAAACAGUUCCCCGUGCCGAAGUUGAGUACGAUGACCCAGUAUCAUCCUUUUUUUCGAUUGAAAACGACGCAUCGGUUGGACUGGCUGCUAGUGAUGCAGCGGUAGGAGCUGGUGAACAUGGUUAUAAUGAGGGGCACGAAGCCUCAGUGCCUGCAGUGCAAAUUGAGUACAACGACGAAUAUAGAGAGCCGGAGGAGCACUGCGAGAGCACAAAUGAUAAGCCUAAAGUGGAUUUAACGAACAUGCUGAGUAACUUCUUAUCAAACGACUCCUCACUGGAUAUAUUUAACGCAGAGGAGCAUGUGACGAGUCCAGUACUAACAGACCUGGAGAACGUGGAUACAUCGGGAAUAAAUAGACUAGUGUCAGUGUCCGAUACAGGAACCGAGCACACGAACAUGGGAUACGAAGAUGAAACCAGAGAAGUGGAGGAGGAGGAAUUGUUGAGAAAGAUGGAAAAAUCAAUGGUGCACAGGACGUCGAUGCCACUGAACGAUGACUAUGACAACUUGUUGUACGACAUGUCGAAUUUGAACCUGCCGCCGAAGAAGAAUAAGAGUUUGCUGUCGAAGAUAGGCAGUAACAUUUCUAAGAAAAUAAAUAGAGUCUUUUCAAUCAACUCGGAAAGGACGAGCAGAACGACGCCAUCACAGUCGAUAAACACGGGAUCGAGUGCAUAUCCACAUCAAGACUAUUUGAACGACCUGACGCUGAUUGAAAAGUCGCCGGACAUAGUGGCAGUGCUGGUGCGCAACCUGGUGUUGAAGUACAUAAUCAACGGCUACAACGACUCGAGAGGACAGGCGAUAUUCGGACUCUUCAGCAACCUGCUGGGAGUGACCUGCGGAAGCCUGCUGAGCAUAGAGAACAACAUGGUCUCGGACCUCGUGGGAAUCAUGGACAUGAACGCAGCUAAGACGACGACGAAGAAGAUGACCAAGAGGCUCAAGAUACUGAGCGCAACAGUGGGAGGCACGGCGCUGCUGGCGCUGACGGCAGGAGUGGCCUCGCCAGUGCUCGCAGUCGGCGUGGUCUUCCUGGGACUCUCGGGCACGGGCGUCUCCACGUACCUGAGCUCGAGCGAGGGCACGAACAUACUGAGGAACAUGUUCGGCCUCAACGUCUCGCUGACGCAGUUCAAGGCGAAGCGAGACCUGAUGACGAACCUGCAGUUCAUACAGCUCAACCCGAGCGGAAUGCGCGAAAGCGCAAGAGAACACGACUCGAGCAGGUUCCUGCUCAAGGACAGUCCGAGGCUGGACUCGCCGCGGGACAAGGACGACCAGAACAACUACAUCGGAAUCUGCAUCUGCGUGGGCAACAACAUCUUCCUGAACGAGAUCUUCUUCUUCGAAAACAACUCCGUGGACAUGCGCUCGAGUGAGACGAACCGGCACUUCGACUCUGAGUACAUCGAUAUCUGGAAGCAGCAGUUCCCAGUGCCGAUCAACGACCUGUACCUGCUGAAGUGGGAGUCGAAGCUGCUGGCGUCCCUGCACAGGAUGCUGCUGAAGCUGAGGGCGCUCUCGAUCUACGACAAGUGCCGCGAGCUCUACCGCACCUACAACAACACCGUCUACACCACGCAGCCGGACGGCGCGGCGAACGAGCUCGACGAGGAGGACCCGCUCGCGCCCGACGUGCGCGACAGCAGCGGCGGCAACAAGUACAGGAACGAGGAGGGCAGCAGCGGCAACUACUACUCGGGCUCCGCGGGCGACGGCUCGCCGAGCGGCUGCGAGCCGUCGCCCAGGGGGGGCCCGGGCCCCAGGUGGCCCCUGAAGGACGCGCGGACGAUCAACUGGCCCGUGGGCCUCGUGCAGCUCUGCAGCAACCUCGACAACUGCUGGCUCGUCUGCAGGAACAGGGCGGAGACGUGCGGCGCGCUGCUGGCGAACGCGAUCUGCGACAAGAUGCUCACCGGCGACCGCCACAUCUCGCUCGUGGGCUACUCGAUGGGCGCGCGCGCGAUCUUCUACUGCCUGCUCGCGCUCUUCGAGCGCAACCGGAUCAACACCGUCAAGGACGUCGUGCUCAUGGGCCUCCCGAGCACUGCGGGCCACGCCGAGUGGUCGAAGUGCUCCUCGGUCGUCGCCGGCCGCCUCGUGAACGUGUACAACGAGAACGACUGGGUGCUCGCCUUCCUCUACCGCUACACUUCGAACUUCAGGGUUGCCGGGCUCGCGCCCGUGCUCCACGAGCGCGUGGAGAACUACAACGCCACGAGCCUCUUCACGUCCCACGUGGACUACCUGGAGAACGUGUCAAAAAUCACCGCGCACCUGAACAUUCAGCUCUAG